CUGGGAGUUCCGAGAAAUACAAAGCCAUUAAGAUUAUAAAUGCAAUGACUUAAAGAUUUAAUUUGAAAAUCCAUAAAAGAGUGUUUGAUGCAAAAUCCAUAAAACCCAUGCGAAGCCCAACUAGGCCACUGCAAAACAGGAAAAAGACAUGGUGGGAUGUUUACACGCCUGCAGUUUCCAGACAUUCGAUGCCAGCAGUUGUUCUGGGCCUAUUCUCUGCUGUGUAGCUUUUCGCUCCCUCUGGGAAAAGCAGACAGAGGGAGUGAAAUGCAUCAUAUGAUCUCCUAUGCCAGUGAAGGCAUGGGGGAAGGUGCUACUUGGUGGGGUUAUGUUUUCGUAACGGUAGAUGCUUGGGUGUGCUUCAGCAGAUGGUGUUAUUUACAUUUUCUUCACACUGUAUCGGUGGGCAAGAAUACGUUAAACUUUGAGGGAAUGGCAUGUUUUUGAAAGUAGGGAAGCAAACAGUGGUCUGGUCUUUGGUUUGUCUUUGCUAAACAGAUGUGGAAAGUGAAAGGCACUAGAAGGAUGUCUUAACCACGACAGUUCAAAUCACUUUCAAACCCCAGUGAAAUAAAUUAUAUGCCGUAAGUGUAAUGCAUUAUCAUUACCAUUCAACACCUUAAGUUGCUGAAAACAUCUAAAGAGAAACACUUAAACUGUACAUGUACCAGCCAUUCAAUGAUUGCAGACAUCAUAUAGUACUGUCAUAUGCCAAGACACAUUUCAUUUAAUGAACCUAAUUGUCACUGCGGCUGUUGCCUUCCCAGUCUAACUCCCAAAGACUGGCAGCAGGUAGUCAAGUCGCUAGAGCAUCCGACCAGUUAACAAGAGCUGACAACAUGGAAAAUGUUUUUUAUUUUCUUCUGUUCUUGUGACAAGACAGUUAAUCUAGUCUAAUUGUUAGUUGUUAGGCUUAUAUGCUCCUGAAAGUGACUCCGGGAGAUGGUGUCUGCUGAACUAGUAAAAUGCGAAAACAAUAUCCCAAAUAUUUCACAUGCAAUACAUGGAUGCACAGCGAUCAUUUGCUUUGCCCUCAAUGCAGUAAUAUAAAACAUGUCAAUUGGCUGAUGUCAUGAUUAUUUCUAGGGCCUUUCUCUGGCGUCUGGUGCCCCUUUGAUGAACCUGUCAUUCAGUCCACCCACUAAACGUCCUUGCUGUCGUUGGCAGGCCAGUUGUUGUUUCAAGCGACAACGCUCUAAAUCAUGCAACCUUAGAACCGGUUCAAGGACCCACAGCAAAUUCUUUCAUCCUUAUAUAGGAGAAGAUGUGUUAAUAAACGCCUGAUUUCCCAGCGGCAAUGUUGGCCCACAAUGCUGUCCCCAAAAUGCGCAUGGCUUUAUGGUUGAAGUGGCAGACAUCCCCCAAUAACAGUGGAGUCAAUGUUAUUACAGACAAAUAUGAUUCAUCCCGUAAACCUAGUUUAACCCGCACGCGCUCACAUGUCCUUUUUCAACAAGACAACAAGCUUUCGUGCAAAAGCUGGUUGCUCUAUGGAGAGCAACGGGCGUGGUUGAGCCCAGUCAUUUUUGACAAAUCUAAACGCAGCUGCAGGAAUUGCAAACAUUGCCUGGUGCACACUUGAUGUCUGAGGGGGAAAAAACAUAUCAAACUUUCCCCAAACACCAAAAGUGGUCCCCAGAUGGGGUUUAUGCAUUCUUGUGGACUUACAGCAUCCAGUUUCAGACUUUUUUUAACAAGUGUGAUUCUGUGAGACAAAAUUAAAACCUGAAAAAACAGAUUACUUGUCUGCUGCGAGUACAUCACUCACCAGACACAGUCCUUAGGUGCAUGGUCCUAGGUGCUCUUUAAUUAAGGGGUAACUACUGUACCCAAAUAACUUAAAAUGGUACAAACAGUGCUAAACAAACAGCCUCUGGCUAGGGGCAUACUGGACAUGCUGAACUGUAACUGAACUGAAAUCUGGGUAAAGAAAUGCCAGACUGUUCCCAGGCCUAAAAAGUCUUAUCUGGUUUUUGUACUUUAAAACAUCAAAUUAUAAUGCUACUUGAUCAAAUACAUGUCACAUUGUGAGCAAUCAGAUGAAAAAUCCUGAACACUCUCAUCUCUCUACUAAGCAAAGGAACAGCUUGUUCCUGUGCCCAAAGCAACUUCAUUCGCUUCUUUCUGGUCAGCGUCCUUGGUUUCCGGGCAAAUCGGGCCCCCUCUCAAGGCAAACGGUUCUUGUCCUUAAAUCACAAAAACCCCAGGUCUGGUUUGGACCAGCUUUCCUGUUCAGCCCAGUCAAUAGGGACGAGGGUGUUCCUCCUCAUCCCUUAAAUCCCUUCACUGACGUGCUGAUGUUUAGGGGGAGUGUCUAGUGGCACCUCCCUGCGGGGUCACUGACCUCCUCCCUGUUGGCUAUAGUGUCGUUUCCAUAAGUGGUCAGACCUUUCGGAGUUGUGUCGUCAGCCUCUUGACGACGCUUCUGGAACCGAGUGCGUCCGCGGUGUGGUCACUCAAGCCAACGGCCGGCCAGUCAACAUACCGCACGAUGCCAACAAAACAGUGGGUCUGAGAAGGAAAUACAUCCUGGUCACAGUCUGCCAGGCUCAGGAACGUGGAAUUGACCAUUUGGCAGGGAGAUGUGAUCUGUUAUAGGUAGACACACCCUUCAAUAUAUAUAACGGUUAGCAACAGUCUUUACAGUGAGAUCGAUUGAACGUGUAACAAUACACAACUCUGCUGCGGUGCUUUUAAUAAAGCUUCUCUUUCUCCCCUGACUUUCGACCGAAUACGUUCUUACUAAGGUAACCACUAUAGGAACAAUAUAUAUUCCAACACGACCCACUGCAGGCACAGUUCAACAUGUCAAGUACACUGAAUUUGGACUUCAGUCUGAACCACCCCCAAAAGCCAUGAAAGUCUCUGGAAAAUGUGACUGGCUUAAAAGAAAGAGUAAGAGAGAGAGGACGGCGAGAGGCUAUCAAAAUGAAUAGCAGGAAUGUGGAAUUAGAACUAUUUUUUAUUCCUGUACAGUAACUAUUUACACUGCAGUCCACUGUCCGUGACAUCAGCGGGCAGACUUUAUAAAUGAAUGGAGGGAGGCUGCAUGGUUUCACACCACAGCCCUCAAUGGCAUCGCUGCUUUCCCGAGGAGAUUGACAGGAAAGGAGAGACAGAAGAACCUGGCUUAUCCCUGAAGAUGGACCAAAGAGAAGCUAUGCUUGCUGGUUCCUUGCUGUUGUCCUUUAUCAUUCAGGUGUGGUGCCAGCUAUGUGGGGGCCCGUGCCACAACUGCCCCUGGCCCGCGGCCCGCUGCCCCCCGGGCGUGCCGGUGGUGCUGGACGGGUGCCACUGCUGCCAGAUGUGCGCCAGGCAAGAGGGCGAAAGCUGCUCGGAGAGGCUGGUGUGUGACAGCCGGCUGGGUCUACGGUGUGACUACAGCGCCAGCUACCCUGGAGGUCCAGGAGAGUGUGUUAGCCAGAACUCGCUGGGCUGUGACCUGGACGGCGUGCGCUUCGAGGAGGGCCAGACAUUCCAGCCGUCGUGCGCACAGCUGUGCCACUGCCUGGGCGGCGGGGUCACCUGCGUGCCCCUGUGUAGCGACGACCUCCGGGUGCCCGACGCGGCCACGUGCGCCAACGCCCAGCUGGUGCGCCCGCCCGGGAGGUGCUGCAGAGAGUGGGCCUGCGACGCUCAGGACAACAGCGUUUACCUCGACGCCGUGAUGGCAGACAACCCUUUGGAGAGGCCGCCAGAAAGGGAGGCUGGGCGUCCAGACUUGAGUGGUGGUGAUGUGGCCGUCUCUCCGGGCCAAGGUCCGGCCUCCCACUGCAUCAAGCAGAGCACAGACUGGAGUCCGUGCUCCCGCAGCUGUGGACCAGGUGUCUCCACCCGCAGCUCGAACCAGAACUGGGCCUGCCGCCCACAGAGCCAGACCAGACUGUGUCAGGUCAGGUCAUGCCGGGCCACCGCCGUGCCACAAAGCAUGUCUCAGGUGGGAACGGGCGCCUGCGAGAGCAGCUACGAGUCUUCUGUCCCGAUUCGUCUGCAGCACCGAGGCUGUCUGAGCCUGCGGGCCUACCGACCCCGGUUCUGUGGGCCGCGGUGUCCGGACGGUCGUUGCUGCCGCCCCCAUCGUACCAGGACCAUCCGUCUGGUCUUCAGCUGCCCCCCGGGCCGGACGCUCCACCUGCAGGUCAUGGUGAUCGAGUCCUGCUCCUGCCACCGUCACUUCUGUCCACACGCCCAGCUCUCAGCGUACGGAAGAGCCACGCCCUGGCUUUAGAUGAUUCAGACCAGGGAGUGAAAUAGGCCCCUUAAGCCUGAGACGGGGAGGCCAUGUCACUGACGACAAGACGUCCGAGGGAAAUCCAAGGGUCCCGGCACCGUUGGGGAAUGACGUUGUUUUUUUUGGCUGUGGCAACAUGGUAUUAGUUUAUACACGCCUGGAUUUUCCACAGAGCAUGAUUGAUUUAAUUGCAGUGACUGGAUCCCUUUAAUUUAAACUGUUUGUGAGUGUGUGUGUGCGUGUUCCAGUGAGAGAGAUGAAGGGCCUGUUGGAGGCUAAUUAAGGCUGUGUUGGUUAACCAAAGUAAAUGAAACUGAAAGUACAAUUGAUAGUUACUGUAAGAAUAGUUCACUGUAAACUUAAAUGUACUGAGCUUAACUAUAAAUUGUAAUCCCUUUAAACUAUCAGUAUUGUAUCUGUAUUGUAAGCUGUAUAUAGCUAAAACUUUAUUAAACCAAAAUCAGGAGCAAAGUAAAUUUAAAAGAUCUAAAAAAAAAACAUCAAAAUGUGUAGCAGUAAAACAAUUCAGAUCUUUAAAAAAAAUGCGGGUAGAAAUUAAGCCCGCAGAGGAAAAGAGAACGUUUUUCCGAUGAAAGGAGUGGACGAUGAGCAGCAGAGAGUAUACAGUUUUGUAAUAUAUUUUGUGUAGCCAUCGACAGCAUCAUUUACCAGUUGAAAAAGCACUUCCAGUGAAUAAAGGAAAUAUGAGGUGUUUUUUCCUUUUUUGAAUAUGACGGGCAUGCAACGCAGUGACAUCAGACGACAAGAGCAAUUUGUGGCAGUAGCAUACAAAUAUCAAUAAGGAUAAAGAGUACUUUGCGCAGAGGACUUAGCUUGUGAGUCUAUACAUGCAGGAAGAUGGAAACUAUUUACACGCUAUUUAGACAUAGCUUGUUUUAUCUUUGCUGAUUGUGACAGCGUAGGUUAUGAAUUGAAAAGAUGUGACAUGUUAAAUUA